UUUUGUGUUCAGAACUCUCACAUCUUGCCUAUCAAUAAUUGAGGCGCGCGCCAGAGAGCAGACGGAGCUUCCCCUCCCGCGCUGCUGCUAUGAGUGCUGCUGUCCGCCCGCUCGGCGCGCGACUCUCCCUCUGUUUGUUCCGGAACAGGAGCCGCUGACAGGUGCGACAAGAGGAGGAGACCGGCUGAGCGACCGGGACUGGACCGGAGCGAACACCAGCGAGUCCAUCCGGGUCGGAGUUUAACCGUUAACCGCAGCAGAACGGAGCGGCUCGCGCAGGUUUAAACUUCUGCUAUUGUUGGGGCUUUUUUUUCUUUUCUUUUUUUUUUUUUUACUUUCUGGUCCGGAAUGUUGGUGCUGUGCCUGCUGAGUGCCGCCUGGCUCGCUGCUGGCCCGGUUCGGGCUCAGAAUGAGACCGAACCCAUCGUGUUGGAGGGGAAGUGCCUGGUGGUGUGCGACUCCAACCCGACCUCGGACCCGACGGGCACGGCGCUCGGCAUCUCGGUGCGCUCCGGCAGCGCGAAGGUGGCUUUCUCCGCGGUCCGGAACACCAACCACGAGCCGUCCGAGAUGAGCAACCGAACCAUGGUCAUCUACUUUGACCAGGUUUUAGUAAACAUUGGGAGGAAUUUUGACGAGGAACGAAGUAACUUCAUCGCGCCGCGGAAAGGGAUUUACAGUUUUAGCUUCUAUGUAGUCAAAGUCUACAACAGCCAAGCCAUACAGGUGAGCCUGAUGCACAACGGCUGGCCGGUGAUCUCUGCAUUCGCCGACGACCAUGAUGUGACACGCGAAGCUGCCAGCAACGGCGUUCUGAUCCAGAUGGAGAAGGGUGACCGGGCCUACCUCAAACUGGAAAAAGGACACCUGAUGGGCGGAUGGAAAUUCUCCACUUUCUCCGGGUUCCUGGUGUUCCCGUUGUAGAGAGGAAGAAGGAGCUGGGGAUGGAAACAAAGGAGGAGGACGGAAAGUUCAGAAGCGGGAAAAAAAGGACACAAAUGAGCUGGAGGAAGAGAAGAAGAAGAAAAGAGAGGGCGUGACAACGGACGAUGAUUUAAGAUGAAGUUUGAUUAAAGGAAUUAAGAAAAGCUGGUACAUGAGAGAAAAUGGCCACCUUCUCCACUUCCUCCUUUCAUCCAUCCCUUCAUCCAUCCUUUUCCUCUCCAUUUUCUUUGUGGCUUAACUGCAGCUUUGGACAGCCAAAACUUUUUUUACUCUCUGCUGAAAAACGCAGCUGAUCAUCUUAUCGUGUCCUGAAGCGUAAGAAUCCCCUCUUUCCUCCUCACUCCUUCACCCAGCCAUCCGUUUAUCAUCCCUUCAUCCAUCGGUCUCCUUAAACAUCAACUCUGAAGAAUGUUCUCAAGAGAAAAACUCUUUUCGUUUCUGUUAUUUUUUAUUUUUGUCAUUUAGAGCAAGAUUUGUUCUUGGUUUCACUUAAAAAAAAAUUAAUUUAAACAUGUAACACAAACCUCUAAUUAUGUGAUUGCAGCCUGGGGAUGCUGGUUUAAUUUUUUCAAUAUGAUUGACUUUAAUGUUACUGUUAAAACGUAGUGAAUUAUCCCACAUUUUCUCUUUUGUAAUUUAUUUCUUAAGUCAGAGGUGCAUAUUUUCCUCUAUAUCACAGAUAUUACCUUUUAAAUUUUAAAUUCCUUCCCAGAUUAUUAUUGAAAUUUAAGACCUUAAUGAAUUCAAAUCACUGUUAAGAUUUCUUAUGAACUAGUUGUGGGAUAUAAUAGGCGAACAACAUUUCCACUGUAAACUUUGUGAACACGCAGCAAACACGCUUUAACCAAAACUAACUUACCGUAACGAAGCAAAACAGUCUGACAGAACGAGCAAAAAAUUAACAAACACGACAAGACAAACGUAAAUAUAAUUUAAAAUAUGGUAUGGAAAGUUUAGCCAUAUUUAAGAUAUUUAAAAAAAUAAACAUUGAAUAAGUAAACAUAAAUCACUUUGUUAAACCUUCAUUCUGUGGAUGAGACUAAACGUAGCUAUUUGAUGUUUCUCUAAGCCUAACAUAAGCUCCGCCCAGUUUAACGCUAAAUAUAAGUCAGAUGUUUCUAAACAUGUUUUUACUGUAUUAAUGCUCAGUGAGUGAACACGUUUAUACAUUUACUGCUUUCCGCUGAAAUUCAGAAGCCGAGGAAUGAGUCAGUAAACGUGAAAGUAUUUUAACUCCAAGUUGUAAGGAGGACCAAACGUGACAAGUAUUUUUUUUUACUGAAGAAACAAACCAAACAAACUAUCCAGAACUUUGAUGAAAAACAUGAUUGGGCGUUUUUAAAUCACCAAAAUGUUUGGAAAGUAAAAUUAAAUAUUUCAGUAAACGUAAAAGUAGUUUAACUCCAAGAUGACAAUUAAAAAUAAUACAAUUAAAUUUAUUUAAUUCUGGUUUUGCAUGUUAGCUACAUAUGUACAGGUGUAAACAGUGUAUAAAAAUGAAAGGUUGAAUCAAAUUGUAAUUAAUUAUAUGGGUAAGAUAAUAAAGCAUUCAUUGGGAGAAGUAGCUUACUUAACUAGCUCGUAAGUUUUUACACUCUUGUAACAAACAAACCAAGUAUUUUUUAUUUCAACAAACACUAUAGUUACCCUUUUGUCAUCUGAAUUUCUAAUUCCUGUUCAGGUCAAGUGGAGUUUUAUUUAUUUAAUUCGCCUCAUUCCUGCUGCUGUUCUUCAGAAACAAACUUCCUCAUUUUUUGGACCCUCCUCUCUUUUACUCUGUGCUGCUUUCCAUGAAGUACAGAUUUUUAUUUCAUCCUCCUUUGGUUUAUUUUUCACCACAUUCCCCAACUGGCCACCAUUUUGUCCCUCCGCCCUGGACCGCCCGGUGUUUGUUCGCUUCGAAGCACGGACUGUCCUUCGCUUCUCUUCGUGUUGGACUGUGAACUUUGAACCCUGCUACCAUGGAACUUUAACAAUAUAUAUAUAUACACAUAAAUAUAUAUAUAUUUACACACACAUCCAUACACACGCACACAAAUAUAAAUAUAUCACAGCCACUGUUUUUAUUCUCCUGGUAUUAUGAUGAUAAUAAUGGUACUACUAGGUAAUGAAUUUGACUGAUGACUAUAUUAUCUGUAUUUCUGUACUUGAGUGUUAUAUAAAAGAGAAACAGAAACCUAAUAUUGAUUGUGUGGAAAAAUCUGAAGCUGCCAUUCUGCUGAUUAAAAACAUGCUUCUUGUUUUUGUUUUGUGUCGAACAAAUUGUGGCUAAACGGCUAAAACUACUACUUCUAUAGAUAAUGAUAGCGUAAAAGGUCUAUUAUUAUUAUUGACUGUAAAAAUAUCAUAUUUAGACUUUGCGAUUAUUAUUUAUUAAUUGAAUCAAUUUCUGAAGUUUUUUUUAUUUGCUUUGAAGAACUCAAUAAAAUGAAAUUGUACUUUUAUUUUUCUUAAACCAAACAAACAUCUGUCCUGGUAGUUUGUUAAACACCCAGAAACCUGCAUGCAGAUGGAGGCUUUUCUGGUUUUGUGUCAUUUUUACGUUAUUUCUGUAAAACCCAUCGGUUUCUGCGGUA